UUGUUCUUCUGGCGGAAUUCUGACUUACCUUAGCAGAAGCUUUCGUUCCAUGGACUGUUGGAGAACAAUAACCUCCACUGCCUCCAACUUCUGUGCCCUCCUCUGACACCCAGCAAGCUAAUAUACCUUUAAAAAACAUUGGUUUGGUUUUGGAGAAAGAGAUUCCCACCCCUACCCCUCGCAUCUCUCAGCAGAACAAUUUGGCUUAAUAAUUAAUAGAUUGAUCACUCUUGGCAGCAAAGGCAAGCAGAAGAAUGAACUGAACCUCAAGAAAAAUCACUUAAGAAUUGGCUACAGUGAUAUAACAGAGCAAUAACUGAUCCAAGACCAACCAUCUAGUGGGAGAAGAAAAACUUCCCAGCUGGCCUUUGCAUUGGACGGAUGGACAUCAUGGUGGAUUACUACAAAAUCCUGGAUGUUCCCCAAAGUGCCUCUUUGAGUGAUAUUAAAAGAGCGUACAGGAGUAAAGUGCUCAGAUGGCACCCAGAUAAAAAUCCAGAUAACAGGGCAGAAGCUGAACAGAAGUUCAAGGAGGUUGUGGAAGCCUACAAAGUCCUUUCAGACAGAAGCACACGUAACCAGUAUGAUGGGAGCAGCACAGAGGCUUUCAAGGAAACAAAGAGACCUGAGGAUGAGAAGCACCUGUCUGUGUUUGAUCACAAUGGCACCAAAAUAUUCUUCACAAAACAACGUUCUUCUUCAGAUUUUUCUGUAUCCUUCUUCAGUGCUCCUAAAAGGUUCCAUCACUUUUCUAUCAUGACUGCCUUCAUGAAUGGCAAAAAAAUCACAACCAAAAGACAUCUCGAGAAUGAAAGCAAGUACUUGGAAGUUGAAGAGGACGGGAAGACGGUAUCUAUCCAUGUUAAUGGCAUACCUGUUUACGAUAGAGAAAUUCACACAAACAAAUGGGAUUACAGGUUGAACAGGGGCCACUAUUACCCAGAAAAGAAUCAGUUUUGGACAUGUGAAAGGCGUCAAUGGGCAGAAGGCUGGCGGCGCUGGGCAAGCCAAUGGCGAAACUGGGCAGAAGAGUGUCGAGACUGGGCUGAAGGAAACCAACACGAGAAAGACAAGUGCUUUUCUGGGGCUAAUGCUGGUCCAAAGGCUAGUGAGGAACAUCUCAGGUCAGACAGGGGUUGUCCUAGGCCAGGGGAAGGGAAAUGUGAUCUGAAACAGGGACUAUUUCACCCAGAAGUGGAACACUCCAAGUCAGAUAAAGGGUAUUUUGUGUUUCCCAAGCCAGGUGAGAAUUCUGGACUGGACGAAGGGCACCUCAAGGCAAACAAGAGGCAACAGAGAGUGGACGAGGGGCACCCCCCAUCAGAUAAGAACAACCCAGGAGUUGUUAGGCUGGGGGAGGGACAUGCAGAUCAGGAUGAGGGGCAUGCCACAAGGAAAAAAGAGCAGCCCAGGCCAGAUAAGGGGUCCCUCAGUCACAAGAAACCAGAACCUUUGUGUAAUGAAUCAGCUACGAAGCGCAAGGUGUUUUCUGAACACAACCCUCAGGCUGGGAAUAGGAAGCAUCAUGCUGGGAAACAGAAGCAACAGGCAGAAAGAAGCAACCCACGUGCUGUGAAAAGUGAAAAGCUGCUCAGAAAGAAUGAGCAGAAGGAUGAAAAGCCAGAGUCCAAAGGUGAGAAGCACAGGCUUACUUUAGAGUCUGAACCAGGGAAGGGAACAGAGUUCAAUGGUAUGAAGGGAAAGGCUUGUGCUGAUACUGAAGUGGCUCCUCAAACAAAUCUGACUUCCUCUGGUGGCAAAGUGCUGCCACUGAAAAGGAAAGAGCCCCAGAUUCGGGCAAGAAAGCCAUAUGGCAAGAGGAGCAAGUCUCAAGCUGGAAGGAGGUCAUCGCACCGUGGUAGAAGCAAGUCCCGGGCAGGGAAGAAUAGGGUGCCUGAUGGACAAAGUAAGGGAGAGCCUGAAGGGAACAGCUCAUCUAAAGGACUCCAUGGAGAACAGCCUGAGGGCAACAACUUAGCUAAAGAACCCGUUAAAGGAAAGCCUGGGGUGAACAACCCAGUUGAAGGACACAAUUUGGGAGAGCCUAAGGAGAAUGACUCAUCUAAUGUACCCAAUAAAGGAGAGCCUGGGAGGAACGACUCAGUUGAAGGACGCAGUUUAGGAGAGCCUGAGGGGAAUGGCUCAGCUAAUGGAAGCAGGGAGGUGCCUCCUGAGGGGAAGCAGACACAUGCAGAUUCUAAGACUGCACUGCAAGGUCGGAAAAAGGGACCUCUAUCAGCUCUCCUGGGGGGUGACAUUUCUCUCCCAACAAAACACAGACUUCUCAGAAGAACGGCACAAUGUCGCCUCUUAUCUGAAAUCCAGGGUGAAAAGCAUCAGUACAUAUCUGAAACGAGCCAGUUCAUCAGCAUGAAUGGCCAACGGAGAAGGAGACUGACUAAACGCCCUCAGUCUGGUACACAACUUCCAAAUAUUGAAGGCCAGAAACUUGGAGCGAAUCAGUUCCCAAAUGUGAUUCAUUGACCAGGGGCAUGAUCAAGCUAGCUGGCACACAUGUAAGCUCACCGUCUUGCUCACUGAUUUGUGAUCACCUCUGACUUCGGUGUUCACACCAGGCAGUACAGGGCCCCACAUUUGCUGGGCUGCAAUAGGAAGCAGAGUUUCCAGAGAUUGUGGCCGGUAAGGGAGGUGUGUUUUUCAAUAAAGGCAGUAAUGUAACUCUCACAA